AUGUCAGAGUUCAUAAUCACUUUAGCAUGUUGCAUUUCAUCAUACGUAUUAAUCGGAUUAAUAUUCGCACUGGGUGUACACACUUUUCGAAAGCAUUAUGUACCAACCAGCGAGUUUCGUCGUAUUAAUCCACUGGAGGAUGUCGGUUAUACUGUCUCACGGAAUCUAAUAUUUCUAAAUCCUGCUGUAUUAUAUGACAUAUUAAAAAAUGAUCCAUUUUUUGAUCCUGAUAUCUAUGAAAUGAAAGAUCAGUUGAAUCGUGAAGAUAUAGAACUGCUGACGAAACAAGCUAUGCGCCUGUUGUUAAGACAAAGUGUUGUUGGUACAAAUCUACCGGCGAGUUUAGCCUAUCUAAGACGUUGUCUGUUGAUAUUAACAGAGGCUAAACGUGAACGACAAAUGAAACAAGGAAGAUUACAUAAAUAUUAG